AUGGGAGCGCAAACUGUUUUGCGUCAGUAUUCACUUGAUCCCGCUACGCGGGACGACGCUGCGACGGAAGACCGAAUCGAGAAUUCGGCGGCCGAAACGGAUCCGCGCCUGCGGCCACAAUCAGGUGUACAUACACCUGGUAACGCCGGCGUGGACGGCGCGUCCGGUACCAGUGUCGACCUUCCGUCGGAGGCGUCUCUGGAAGAGGCAGCUGAAGGUAAAUCUGUGGCAAAAGCUGUGAGGUUUGUGCCGUCGUCCGACAAAAAGCGACUUCCCAAUAUCUCACUCGACGAGGCGAUCGCCGCGCAGUCCCCCAGCCGACCGGCGGGUGGCGAGACACUCCAUACAGACGCCGCGUGCUCUUUCUUCCCGUCCUCGCCAAGCGAAGGACACGGGCAAGAGGAAGUCGCGAGAAGGAGGAUUGUUCUGCGCGAGAGAGCUGGACCCCUUCCCACAGCUGCGGGAAAUCACGCGGAGAGAAUCGAUGCCCUCUUGAGUAUGUCCUUGGACGACGCAGCCGUCGCGAUGAACGGCACAUGCGCCUCUUCGACUCUCCACGAGGGAAGAGGAAGACGGGGGAGAGGGAGGCCGCCCGCGACGGGGGCCGGACAAAACGCGCGAGCGCCUGGCGAUGGUGACCUGGACAGCCGCGCUCGGAUGUCGAGGCGUCGACAGCGCUUCGCAGAAGACGACUUUGAUGAAGAGGGAGACAUGGACGACGCCAGCGACGGAGAAGCAGGCAGUCCACAUGACGAGGCUGAAGAAGACGACUCUGAGAUGGCCCCGUGGGUCCGCGCAUUCAGAAAGGCUCUUUUGUUGCCUCUCAGUGUCGGGACUCAUGGGUGGAAAUACCUCGAUCGCGUGGAGCCUGGGGAACCCCUAGCAAAUGCAGCCUUGCUGGCCUUCUCAGGCUCGCGGCGCUUAACGGAGACCGACGUGGACCUGUUUUUCGAACCGUUCCACCCCACAGCCGUCCUGCAACUGGUCCCGUCCUCGUUCUUCAUCGUCCUCUUCCCCUCUGCUGCGGCGGCGCACGCAGCUCUGAAUCAGCGAGGCGAGCGAUGCAUGCACCUGCUCACGUCCGGUCUCGAGCAGCUCAGACAGCUCCAGGCCAACGCCGUGGCCGCGCGGGCUGAAGCGCGACGGCGGCGCGGGACGGCGAGGCGGCUGCGUGCAAAAACAUGCGGAAAAGGAACUGGGCACGGCGACGGCUGCCGCGGAGCGGACCCGGUCGAGCGGAGCAACGAGCCAGGCCGCGAGGGCGAGGCGAAGGCGGGGGAAAGAGAUGAAGGGAUGCGUGUUGAGGUGGAGAUGAACGACGGGGAAGGGAGCGACACGGAAGAGAAGGAGGAGGGCGAGCUGGACGACGACGCUGUGCUGACGCAGGAUCAGGCCCAGUUGGACGACGAUGCAGAUCUGCCCGAGGUCUUUUGGCUCAUCCGGGACGUUGAGACAUACUUCGGAGCGAAAGCAGCAGCGGAAUUUGAAACCCAAGCCGAACACUGGAGAAGGACUCUGCCGAUUCUUCCUUCGUCGUGGCCGCGCACUGCCACGCGUCUUCUGCUUCGCGUGGCGACCGCCCAAGAGCUCCAGCGGUGCUCAGAGGCGGAGCCUCAGUCGUCUCUCGGCGCAGCCCGCCACGCGCCCGCGCAUGCCCGGCUCCACCGCCACGCUUCGUCCCUCCCUCAGGGUCAAGAAGAGACUCUCUGCGAGAUGCUGCCCAGCGGCGUGCUCCUCCGCGAAGCCAAAAUGCUGUCUUCUCUCUCCGGGCCAGCGUCGUCGCCCUCUCCAGACCCCGGGGCGCGACGCGACGAGUCGGCGCGCUUGUGGCGAAGCACUCCCGGCUUAAGCGCCGACCUGUCUCUCGACGCCAUUCAGGAAAUGCUGCGGGCCGAGCGGCGGGGGCAACGAAGAGAGGAAGAGAAAGCGGCGAUCGCAAGAACCGGGCGACUGACCGCAAAUGGAGACGAGGAACUUGGAGAAGAAAGGGACCGAAACAAACAACGCACACCCAAUCUCGAGGAGGAAGAACUCCUACGCGAUCAGACGCUCUUGACAACGCUUGGAGGCGACUUUCGAUCCCGCAUUCUGCGACGGCGAACAGGCGCUCCGGACCUCGGCGCGGCGUCUGAACGCGUCUCUCAGCCUUCGCCGUGA